AUGGGAAAAUUUGAUCUAGUAAUGCAAGAGCACUUGAGGCGAAUUGAAAAGGGUGAGAUUCAUAACCAUUAUCUCAGUCACAAAAUUCAGAACGAGUUGAUACAGAUGUUAGCGGCGGAAGUGAAGAGUAAAAUUGUUUCAAUAAUCAAAGACGCUAAAUAUUAUUCAGUUAUACUUGAUUGUACCCCGGAUGUAAGUCAUGAAGAACAAAUGUCCCUUGUCGUACGAUGUGUGGAUAUUUCAACAAGUCCAAUAGAGGUGAGGGUGAGUGAAUUCUUUUUAGAAUUUUUGAAGGUGGAUGACACGACGGGAUUGGGACUAUUUUGUGCACUUCAAGAAGUAUUAGUUAGCCUUCAACUUGAUAUUGGUGACUUAAGGGGACAAGGUUAUGAUAAUGGCUCUAACAUGAAAGGGAAAAAUAAGGGUGUGCAAACAAAGGUACUUGAAGUAAAUCCAAGAGCAUUCUAUACCCCAUGUGGUUGCCAUAGUCUCAAUCUUGUUCUUUGUGAUAUGGCCAACUCUUGUUCUAAAGCAAAAAUAUUUUUCGGAGUGGUACAACGUCUAUAUGUGUUGUUUUCCUCUUCAAUCCAACGAUGGGCAAUUUUAAAAGACAAUUUGAAAGAUGUGAAGGGUCUCACGCUUAAGACAUUGUCACAAACACGUUGGGAAAGUCGCAUUGAAAGCAUCAAGCCGAUAAGAUACCAUCCCUCAAAACUAAGAGAUGCUUUGGUAGACUUGGCGAACGACAAGACGACAGAGUCGAUAGCACAAAGUGAAGCUAAAUCCCUUGCAAAGACCGAACUUGAGAAUUUUGAAUUCUUGUUUGCCAUGGCUAUUUGGUACAAGUUGUUGUUUGCUGUUAACAUUGUGAGUAAGUUUCUUCAAAGUGAAGAUAUGCGCAUAGACCUUGCUAUCGAGAAAUUAAAAGGCCUGAUUGAUUAUUUUGAAAACUACAGAAAAGUUGGUUUUGCGGAGGCAAUGGUUGAUACUACCGAAAUGGCGAAUGAAAUGGGGAUUGAACCUAAGUUUGUUGAAAAGCGCAUCAUUCAAAGAAAGAAGCAAUUUGAUGAAGAUGUUACGGACGAGGUGACACACUCUGCUGAAGAAUCAAUGAAAGUGAAUUACUUCUUGGUAAUUGUGGAUAAAGCUAUUUCUUCCUUCAUAGAUAGGUUCCAACAAUUUGAAGUGUAUGAGAAAAAUUUUGGUUUAUUGUUUGAUUUGGAAAAGGCGAGUUCAAGUGAUGAAUGCUUGAAAAAUCAUUGUACCAACCUUGAAGAAGUUUUAAAGCAUGGCGGGGUUUUUGAUAUUGAUGGGAGAGAUUUGUUUGUGGAGUUGAAAUGCUUGAAACAAGUAUUGCCAAAAGGAGUGCAGAAACCAAUUGAAGUGCUCAAUUUUAUUAAACUUAUGGUGGACUCUUUCCCAAAUGCAUGGAAUGCGUAUAGGGUGCUUUUGACUAUACUGGUUAGUGUUGCCUCGGGAGAAAGAAGUUUUUCAAAGUUGAAGUUGAUCAAAAAUUACCUUCGAUCAACCAUGUCACAAGAAAGACUAAAUGGGUUAGCCAUGUUAUCAAUUGAAAAUGACUUGGUGAAAGAGGUGGAUUAUACAAAUUUAAUUGAUAGUUUUGCUUCUAGAAAUGCAAGACGAGUAAUAUUCAAGUAA